AAAUAAUAAGAAUUCAGUUCAAAUAAAUACACACAAAAACAUAGUAUUUCGUGCGAAAUGUAUCUCCGGCGCUCUCUAUGCACCCAAUCAGCCGCCGGCCACCGGCGCCGCCGUCAAUUACCGGUGAAGCAAGUGAUUAAAUCUAACUUCUCCGAGACUAUAGCAGAAUUCAAGGACAGCAUAUUCAGCUCCGAUUUCGUAGCGGUUUCGUUGCAGAAAACCGGCGGCUACUCCGCGCCGUGGCAAAAAUUGCUUCCGAUUGACACGGAGGAGACGGCUUAUUUGAAGGCCAAGCGCGCCGCUGAGCGGUUUCAGGUUCUCCAGUUCUCGGUUUGCCCUUUCUCGGUUAAAGCUUCUAAGCUAAUCGCCAAUCCGUAUAACUUCCAGUUGUUUCCCAGGCAUGAGGUGAAAGUAGGAAUGCCAUCUUAUAGUUUUUCAUGCCAAUCAUCGUGUUUGACCUCUAUGGCGCAAGAGGGCUUUGAUUUUAAUGCUUGUGUAUACAAUGGCAUAUCAUACUUGUCUAGAGCACAAGAAUCAGCUGCGAAAGUUCAAACUGGAAGUGUAUUACUUAACAGCUGCAGUUUCCAAUCUACUUCAGCCUUUACAGUUGCUGAUGUUAUAUUUGCAGAAAGGAUCAAAACUCGAGUUAAGAACUGGAUGAAUGGUUGUAACAAUCAACAUAAAACUGAGGAUACUCUGAUAAGUUCAUUAAGGAAACUAGUAGGAAGAUCUGAAAUCUAUGGUUCGAGACCUUCCUUGACCAUAGAUGUCUGCAGCGAACGCCAGGUGCAGCUUACAUCAGAGGUGUUGAAAGAGUUUGUUAAUAUUGUAUUAGUACGAGCUCCAGCAAAAGUAGGGGUAGAGGCUAUUCAAGUUGUUUUGACGAGUUCAGAAGAAGAUAAGAAUCUUCUUGUGAAAGAAAUUCAAGAUCUGGAAGAGGAGCAGGGAAGACUUGUUAGUGGCUUUCGAGAGGUGAUAGACUUGAUUUCUACUUCUCAGAAGCCGGUUGUUGUGCACAACUCACUUAAUGAUUUUGCUUUCAUACAUUCAAAGUUCCUUGCUCCACUUCCUCCAACUAUGUAUGAAUUCACGAGUUCUUUGCUUACGGUGUUUCCUCACAUACUUGACAUCAACCAUCUCAUGAAGGAAAUUGGAUUAUUUAAUAAAAUGAAUAACUUGUCAUCGGCCAUUUCCUAUUUGGAUAGGAGGUUCUCCACGUCAACAGACAUGGAAGUUUCAAAUGAAGCAGAGGAGACUGGCCGUGUCAAUGUUCAUGGGCAUUGUGUUAUGAGAGAAUGCUAUUUGUUUAUUAAAUUGUGCUCUAUACUGAAAAUCUCUUUAGAGAUUCGUGAAGGAGGUCAUACCCAAUUGCCCGCUGCCCUUCAACGCUGCUCCAAUAUGUUUUUUUCAAGUGAUGCUAGAUAUCCUUUCGAUGAUGACGUGAGGAUUUGGACAGGCAAAAGUAGAACUGUCAGUGUAAGCAAUUUGGUGUUCUUGUGGGGGUUUAGAAGUGGAAUGUCGGCCCAAGAUCUGAAAGACGUUCUGUGUAAUUCACAUGAUGUCUUCUCAGAAGAAUUUGAUGUUAAGAUGGUGGAUAGGACAUGUGCUAUAGUUGUUUUCUGGACUCCUGGUUUCUCAAAAAGUUUUCUCAGGAUAAUGGAUUCUGGAGAACUUUUCUCUAAUAAGCUGAAAGAUAUGAUCUCGGAAGGCCUGCAAGCUGCAGAUUACGAGACAUACAAAGGAGUUUGCAAAUCCGGUUUGUGGAAACCAGAUUUGGCAGAGUGCUUGGACCAAGCCACGAAUGAAAUCAAAGAGCUUUCUGGAGCCAAGACGCAGCAGCAGGAGCAAUCACUAAUAUGCUGGAAUAAUGAUGAGAUGAUUAAUCUGGAUGAACUUUGACAUUAAUCGUUUUCGUGGCAUCACCUGGAAUAGUGCCUUGUUACACUAUUGUCCAAUUAUACGCACUGAUGGAUUAAGAUGCCCCACUUACAGAUUUUCAGUUGAUAAAUAUCUUGAAUGCCAUGGCAUACCCGUUGGCACAUCAUACGUUUCAUUCAAGAACUGGGACGAGCAUCCACGCCCAGUUUGCUCGAUAUCUUCCAAUUCCAUUCUUGGCGAAUGACUGGCUUCUGAAGAUGGAGUCUGUUGAGUGCAGUUGCAUAUAAAGUGGUUUUUCCUGUGCUUUAGUCUCCUGCAGCUAAAGAAGAUUGAAAGCUACACUUGUAAUUUUUUCCAUUGAAUUCAAAUCUGAGUUCACCUGUUGAUGACAAUCAUGAGGUUUAGUGUUGCUAAUUAUGUAAUUCAGAACUAAGAGUUAUGCUUGUAAAAAAGAGCUUAAAUUAUAAAUUUCAGACACGUUUUUACA